CUCAACUCUCUCUUGCGCUCUCCAUCUCUCUCUCUCUCUCUCUCUCUCUGCGCAGAAGCCUUCGAGAGCAAAUUGAGAUUUGAUUUGGUCCAAACGCUGAUGACGAGCAAUGAGAGAUCUAGAUUGUUUCUCCGUGAUCUUCUAUUUCGUAUAGAGAAUUCUGCGUAUACGGAGAGUUCGAGCUCGCUGAUGCUAGGCAAGAAGCUGUGCGCGGUGUUCAAACCACUGAUUGACCUCGUUGAGUCUUUCAUCUUCAGCUUAAUUGGUUGCUUCGAUCGACAAAGGCCUCAUCAGCGCCUCUCCUACACUUACGACGACAUCGUUCGCCUUGCUGCCAGCUCUCCAUUUACUGUAAAUGAGGUGGAAGCAUUGCGCGAAUUGUUCAACCAGUUGAGUAGUUCGAUUCUUGAUGAUGGCUUAAUUCACAAGGAGGAGCUCAGGUUGGCUCUAUUCAAAACUCCAGCAGGUGAAAAUCUUUUCCUGGAUAGGGUGUUUGAUGUUUUCGACGAAAAGAAAAAUGGCGUGAUUGAAUUCGAGGGGUUUGUCCAUGCACUUAGUGUUUUUCAUCCAUGUGCUCCUCUUGAAGACAAGAUUGAUUUCGCAUUUAGGUUGUAUGAUUUGAGACAAACUGGAUGUAUUGAGCGGGAAGAAGUAAGUAUCUUGGUCAGGCAAAUGGUAGUUGCCACUUUGUUGGAAUCUGGCAUACAUGUGCCAGAUGAAACUCUUGAAGCUAUCGUCGAUAAGACAUUUGCAGAUGCUGAUUCUGACAAGGAUGAUAAAAUUAGCAAAGACGAAUGGAAAGCUUUUGCUCUUCAGCACCCAACACUUCUAAAGAACAUGACGCUUCCACAUUUAAAGUACUUGCUUACUGCCAUUCCUCUGCUUUUAAUUCUUCUUAGGUUUUACCAUUGCUUCCAACGAUCAUUCAGUAAUCAUCCUCUUCCAUUCCUCUGCUUUCAAGGACAUCACGACAGUCUUCCCGAGCUUUAUUUUCAACACCGAAGUCGAAGACUAAUGUUGGCAAUGCUAUUCCUAAAGUAAGCUUGGAUGCUGAGGCAGAGGUUAGAUAUGGUGCGUUGUGGGAUUUUCUGGGUUGUGAUUUUUACUGCCUUGAAGGUUCCCUCACUUCAACUGGCUUGGGAUUGAGAAAGUGAAAAGCAACCCCAACCUUAACCUCAUCAAGAACCUCGUUUGGAAACGGCAGCACACCACAUCCCUUUCCAUCAUCAAAAUCAGUUUCAAUUCCUCGGCCUGAACUUUGCAGUGUCCUGAAAAUUAGAUCUGGCUGGUCCAGACUGGUCAAAUUAAGUUCACCAAGAACAAGUACCAAUAAUUUAUGUAUAGUAAUUGAAAAGAACAUUUGACCCAAAAAAAAUAAAAAAAAAAUAAAAGUAAUUGAAAAGAGCAUAAAUUAUUUUGUGAGUGCGAAA